CUGACCGCGGACUCGCGGAAGAGUCACGUGAUCUUCCCCCAGCCCAACUACGCGGACACGCUCAUCAGCCAGGAGAGCUGUGAGAAAAAGGAUUUUCUAUCAGCACCGCAGUCUUUACUUGAAGAUAAAGAAGAAACAUUUUCUCAGGAGGAAAACGGAGCUUGAGCGCUGGUCCACCAUUUCCUUGUUCCUAAAAAGCAAAGAACCAGUCAGUCAGAUUCCAGAAGAUCCGAGGCUGCUACAAAGCUCAGUUUGUCAGUCAACCAGCUCUGUGACAUAUAAAUUAGGACCAUAAAAGCCUUAGUUCCUUGAGAAAAAAUAAGAUUUGAGUCCGUCGUGGGCACUUGGAACCGAAUUCACAGAAAAUAAUUCACCAAAGAGGAAAUGACAAAAUAUCUGAGAUUCAAACACCGCAGAGGACUGACCCUGCUGUGCAUGCUUCUGGGGACGCUGUGCAAGACUGGAUCCGGGCAGAUCCACUAUUCAGUGCAGGAGGAGCUGGACAAAGGCUCCUUUGUGGGCAACAUCUCCAAGAACCUGGAACUCGAGCCCUGGGAGCUGGCGGAGCAUGGAGUCCGCAUCGUCUCCAGAGGUAGGACGCAGCUCUUUGCUUUGAACCUGCAAAGCGGCAGCUUGGUCACGGCAGGCAGGAUAGACCGGGAGGAGCUCUGCGCUCAGAGCGCACUGUGUCUGGUAAAAUUUAACAUCCUGGUUGAAGACAAAUUGAAAAUUUUUGAAGUAGAAAUAGAAAUUAAAGACAUUAAUGAUAAUGCUCCUGAUUUUCUAACAGAGGAAUUGUUAAUAAAAAUUGGUGAACUAACGGCUCCUGGAACUCGAUUUCCACUUAAGACUGCAUUUGACCCAGAUGUGGGCAUGAACUCCCUUCAGAACUACCACCUCAGCCCCAAUGACUACUUUUCCCUGGCUGUGAAGCAUGUCUCUGAUGGGGCCAAGUACCCAGAGCUGGUGCUGGAGAGGGCUCUGGACCGUGAGCAAAAGAAAGUUCACCAGCUUGUCCUCAUUGCUUCUGAUGGUGGAAACCCUGUCCUCUCUGGCAACUUAUGCAUCCAAGUGGUAGUUCUGGAUGCAAAUGACAACCCACCAGUAUUUACUCAACCUGAAUAUCAAGUAAGUGUUCCGGAGAACUUGCCAGUGGGUACCACGCUGCUCACAGUGAAUGCCACUGACCCUGACGAAGGAUUCAAUGCUCAAGUGUCCUAUAUUCUAGAUAAAAUGCCUGGGAGCGUCGCUCAGAUGUUUGAUCUCAAUUCAGUGACUGGAGAUAUAUCAAUUUUAAAAAGUCUAGAUUAUGAGGAUGCUACAUUCUAUGAAAUUAAAAUUGAAGCACAAGAUGGACCUGGUCUCCUUUCAAGAGCUAAGAUAUUAGUCACAGUUCUGGAUGUGAAUGACAACGCCCCAGAAAUUAUUAUCACUUCUCUUACUGGAUCAGUCCCAGAAGAGGCUACUGCUGGAAGAGAAAUUGCCCUUAUCAAUGUACACGACCGGGAUUCUGGGCAAAAUGGGCAAGUCACAGUUUUUGUCCUGGGAAAUAUGCCAUUUAAUUUAGAAAAAUCAAUAGACCAAUAUUACCGCUUAGUGACAGCCAGAUCUCUAGACCGUGAACAGGUGUCUGAAUAUAACAUCACUCUCAGAGCCACAGAUGGAGGAAAUCCCCCACUGUCCACAAGUACUCAUAUCACUCUGCGUGUUGCAGACAUCAAUGACAACCCGCCUGCCUUCAGUCAGUCCUCCUACUCUGCCUACAUUCCUGAAAACAACCCCAGGGGAGCUUCCAUUUUCUGUGUGACCGCCCAGGAUCCUGACAGCAUCCACAAUGCCCACAUCACUUAUGCACUGACUGAGGAUACUAUCCAGGGAGCGCCUCUCUCCACCUAUGUCUCCAUCAAUUCUGACACCGGUGUCCUGUAUGCGCUCCGUUCCUUUGACUAUGAGCAGGUUAGAGACCUACAGCUAUUGGUGACAGCCAGUGACAGUGGGAACCCUCCACUCAGCAGCAAUGUGUCAUUGAGCAUAUUUGUGCUGGACCAGAACGACAAUGCGCCCGAAAUCCUGUACCCCGCCUUCCCCACCGACGGUUCCACAGGCGUGGAGCUGGCGCCCCGCUCCGCAGAGCCCGGCUACCUGGUCACUAAGAGUCACGUGAUCUUCCCCCAGCCCAACUACGCGGACACGCUCAUCAGCCAGGAGAGCUGUGAGAAAAGUGAGUCCUUCCUGGUAUCUCAAGAUUUACUGGAAACGAAAGGAGAUCCCAACCUACUUCAGUUCGCCGACAGCCUACAAGAAGUGCUGCCAGAUGUCAGCGACCGCCCGGCGCCCUCUGACCCCCAGGCUGAGCUGCAGUUUUACCUGGUGGUGGCUUUGGCCUUGAUCUCGGUGCUCUUCCUCCUCGCGGUGAUUCUGGCGGUUGCUCUGCGCCUGCGCCGCUCCUCCCACCCCGCUGCCUGGGGCUGCUUUCGCCGGGAUCUCAGUUCCAAGUCCGGACCUGGGGUUCUCCCCAGUUACAGUGAAGGGACUUUGCCCUAUUCCUAUAAUCUGUGCGUGGCCUCACGAUUAGCUAAGACAGAGUUUACUUUUUCCAACCUGAAACCAGAAAUGGCUCCUCCUCGGGAUCUCCUUUGUGACGAUCCUUCUAUGGAUGUAUGUGUCAGCAAUGAAGACCCCCAAAUCGUUUAUGAUUCGUCUUUUGCCUCUCACGUGAGUUUCAGCAAACCUGCUUUUAUUCUUUUUUAUUGUUCAUUUUUCUAG